GUUUAUAACGUCCUUCCCCCCUCCAGACCAAACAGCGGAGUUUAGUGGACUGCACGAGCCGAGGACACCAUGAACACACUGUGAGUUUCACUUCAGAGUUGUUUAUAUUUUAUGAAGACAGAGGCAGACGUGAAUACGGACAAUGUUGACUAUUUUAAGGUGACUUGAGUUCUACCGCUCCGCCUCUCUUUUGUGUCUCUACGGUUGUAGUGACCUACAUAGCUGCCAGCUAACAGACCAGGUUUACGUGUUGACAUGGAGCAGAGACUAGACUUUUAUCAGUCACGACUUGUUUUUGUCGUAAAAGUUCGAUUACAAGGUGGUUUAUGUAUGCACCUGGGUCAGUCUAAUGUUUGCUGCUUCUGGGCUGAGUCACAUUGAGACUUUGUAACCCUGAGGUGACUCACAGAAGUAAGGUCGUGUUAGUAUUUCCAGAUAUUAUAUUUUUGAUUAUUUUUCUUUAUAGACCAAGAAUGAUGAACACAUAACAUAGCAGUGACAUCUUAAAAUCUUAUCUUUAAAAAGGGGCACAUGGACAUUAGAAACAGUAACGCAAGACAAGGCAAAAGAGAUAAUAUUUUAAUUUGUAUUAUUUAAUGUAAAUAAAAAAAUAGUCUUCUAUAAUACCAAAAAAUGUCAUUUUUAUUUACACUUGCAACUUCAACAACCUAAAUUUGAGAUAAAAUCUCAUUUAAAGUCCAGAGAGCCCAUCUAGAUUUGAGUGUAGGUGAUUUUCAUAACCUCUCUGCUGGAAAAUCUUUCUUCAAAGUUGCAAACAACAACAACUGCUUCAUAGUUUGAUUGCUUACAAAAUCUAAACAACUAUUGCAGAGAGUCCGUGGAAGGAUAUUUUUGUGAAUUUGUGCUGUUUCAUCUUCCACCAGGCUGCUGACCCUCUCCCUCUCCGUGUUGUUCAGCUCCUUGGUGCAGAGUGGAUAUCUGGAAUACGACCAAGAUGUCCUGUGAGCAAAUUCACUUAAGGAGUCAUCUCCUUAUCAUUUCUUAAAUAAUGUCAGCCCUAAUUAUUUAAUCUCAUUUAAGAAUACUUGAAAGCCAGGUUGUUUGGGGCUUUUGAGAGGACUAACCCCUCACAACAACCUUCUUUCAAGGUGCCUUUUGUACAAGCUCUUUGAAAGCUGCUUCUGUAAUUUUGUGACCAAGAGUUGGAUAGUUUGUUCCUGGAGAGUUUUUUUUCCUCUUGUUACAUCCGUCUUUUCUCUGCAGCUGUUAGUCAUCAAGUUUGUGAAGAAUGACGUGAAUUCUAAAAAAGAAAUCAACAAAAGUUAGUUGAAAACAGUUUCAUGUUUUGAUUGAAGAUAAAUUUAACUGUAGAAUCAAAACAAAACUAAUUAGUACAUUUGAACAUGUUGGUUAUAAGAUCCUUUAUGUAAACAAUGAAACAAAAUAAUACUUAGUUAUUGAUUGUCAGAAAAAUUAUACUGCAUCUGACUUGCAGCUGGCUGAGAAGAACGACAGAGAGUGUUGUCUUCUUUUUCUUUAAUAUCUUUUUACUUGCAAGGAGUCAGCAGCUUACAACAAAGGCAGCUUCCUCUUACGUAGGAGUUCAGAUUUUUACCCACCAACAUCAUUUCACAAGUGGCAUGACAUUACAACAGUAUCCAAAUAGGGCACAGGUUGCAGCUGUGGUCUGCACUGGGAAGACAAGGACAGCCUAGUUCAUCAUCAGGUUCCUGCUUAUCAGUUCAAUGUCACACUGCUGGGGAAACAACCUGUGAGUGAAAUUAUAGCAUUUAUCUAGUUGCAUGGCUUCACCGGAAAACAGAUAUAAUCCUGCAAGCAUUCACACCAAGUGAUUUUCAGUAAAUGAUGAUUAAAAUAUAUACAUAAAGAUAAAAUACACACGUGAUAGCAUACACAUAGAAUUUUUCUUUCAUUGAUCAUAAAAUGAUGUUCUUAUAUUCUUAGGAUACCAGACGACUGGACUCACGUGGGCCGGGUCGAACCCACAGAGGAGCUGGAGUUGACCUUUGCCCUUAAGCAGCAAAAUGUCGACCUUCUAGAGGAAAAGCUCAGACUGGUGUCAGACCCUGACUCAGCGCAAUAUGGUAGGGCUCAGUCUGGUAUGAACUGCUUAUUGCCAAGUAUUGAUCAACCUUGAGUUUCAGCUAUCCAUUUUGUCCCCUCUGUGCUGCAAAUCUGCUCUGACUUGACAGUUUAAAAAUAACUUUAAAGAGAGUGAUUAAGCCCCUCCUGACCCUCACAGGUAAACACCUCACCCUGGAGGAAGUGUCCACCCUCAUCUGCCCAUCUGACCUGACCCAGAAGGUGGUGCGUGGCUGGCUGCAGAGUCAUGGGAUUACAAACUGCCUCACUGUUCACACUCAGGACUUUUUACAGUGCACCAUGACUGCAGAGUAAGCAAAUCUUUUUUUAAGCGUAUCAUUUGUUCUGCUUACUCAACAGUUACUCUUGCUUGUUCUUGACACAGUUAAGUCAAAAGACUUAAUUCUUUCAUACCAACUUCCCUCUUCCCAUGCUCUUAUCACAUGAAACUGUUCCUCUUUUUGUGGUCAUUGGUUUAAAUCAAACUAACCCUGAUCUCUAGGCUUUUGAAAUUCAUCAAUCUAGGUCAAGCUGUUUGGAUCUUAAAGAAAAACACUUUCCCCUGAAAUUUUGUCUUCAAAGUCUCUCAAAUACCUGAACUCUGCAUUACUUUUAGUUUUGUUUAGUGGAUUUGUUGACAUUCCAGCUGUGGUUGUUUUUGUUGUUCUGUUCAGGGUUGCAGAAACACUUCUCUCAGGUAGCAAAUUCCACCGUUACACCAGAGACGGCCAAACCCUGGUGAGGUCAUCAGCUCCAUACUUUGUUCAUGAUGAUGUUCACCAGCACCUGGACUUUGGUGAGAAAGUUUUAAAUGUUUGUAUUUGUUACUUCAGCAUAAACUGAGAGAGGAUCUGCUACUUUGCGGCUAACCUGAAAAUUCCUCAUUUUCCGUGUCCAUAGUGGGAGGACUUCACCGUCUUCCUCCUAAAGGCCUUGACCUCAGCAAAGGAAGAAAGCUCAAGAAGUCUGCAGGGGUGCACCUUGGGGUGACUCCUGCUGUCUUGAGGGCUCGCUAUAAUAUGACAGUCACUGAUGUGGGAAAAGCUCAGAACAACAGCCAGGCUGUGGCUCAGGUGUGACAGCGUUAAAUACUUUAAUGCUACUGUAACAAUAUGUGGACAAAUAGCUGAGAUAAACUCUACAGCAUUGAGACCACUACCUAACCGAUCGAAAUAAGUACUGAUUGCUGACACGCUUGCUAAAAUAAAGAAGUUUUUGUUCUUCAUCAUAAACAAAUGUAGUAUCUUACAUUUUCCAAUAGUUGUAGCACUACUGUAAACAACAAAUUAAAAUUGGGUAUGUCCAAAGUAUUUGCAGGUAUGAGAAUAUAUUACUAAAGCUGCAUUAGCCCAACAACCUGAUUAGUCUUAAAUAAUGUUCUAAAUCGUUUGUCUUAUUGAGUAAACUCUUCACUCUAGCUAGCUUUCUCUUGUAGUUCCUGGAGCAGUACUACAGCCCAGCAGACCUGGCUGAGUUCAUGAGCAUCUAUGGCCGGGGCUUUCUGCAUCACUCCCAAGUGGACCGGGUCGUAGGUACUCAGGGAGCAGGAAAGGCCGGUCUGGAGGCUAGUUUGGAUAUAGAGUACAUCAUGAGCACAGGGGCAAACAUCUCCACAUGGUUCUUCACCAAUCCAGGUCUGUGUGAGAGUGAAACAAAACUAAAAGAAUUUACUGAAACUGUUUACAUGUUGUUAUAAUUCUCUAUAAUGGAGUUCUGCUUUCAACCCUUCAUUGUUCUUUAGGCCGUCAUGAGUCUCAGGAACCUUUCCUUCAGUGGAUGGUUUUGCUCAGCAACAUGUCUGACCUGCCCUGGGUUCACACAGUUAGCUAUGGAGAUGAUGAAGACAGUCUGUCUGCUGCGUACAUGACACGAAUCAACACAGAGUUCAUGAAGGCGGGAGUUAGAGGAAUCUCUCUGCUUUUUGCUUCAGGUCAGUGAUGUUGAGACACUCGGAAACACUUCUUGCAUGUUCUGCCUGCUGAAUCUGACCCUGUGAGCUUUACUGAGACUUCUUAUCUAACAAGCAGGACUGCUAUCUUUUGAGAAUGUGUUCAUCAUGUCAGAGGAGCAGUCACAUUUUUUACUCUCAGUCACAUGCAAUGACUCCCACCAGUUCCUGUUUUGUUUUAUAAUCCAGUCUAGUCCAGAAAAAAGUCAUUUCUUGUGCAGAACUGGAUACAGAAAACUGUGAGCUGUAAUUUUAGGAACAGCCUGAGGAAGAGCAGAUGAUGUAACAAUAAUGAAACAGCCUUGGUCUCUUUGGCAGCAUGUCAGCUUUCUGUGGCUUCACUCACCUUUCACUGGCAGAUUAAAACCUCCCCUGAAACUUGACUGCAACACUAUUGUCUAAAAUUAGCACCGUGAUCCAGAAAAACAUGUUUUAUUAGUAGCCUGGAGCUUUUUCCUCAUCUUAUAGCAGCUCUCUGUUAGAUUUGUGCUGCAUGGUUAGCUGGUGCACAGCUUCCGUCAUGAGUCUGAUGUGCUUCUGUCAUGUUCUUGUUUUAUGUUCAGGUGACAGUGGUGCAGGCUGCAAACACUUAGGUGGGGGAAAAAACUCCUUCAGGCCAAGUUUUCCUGCUUCAAGGUAAACCGUGAAGCUGAAUAAAGCCUGCUGUAUGUUCUGUAAAAGUUGAAUCCAGUGCCAAUGAUGGAAACGCAUGUGUCAUUUCAACCCUGCCCUGCUUUUUGUUCUCAGCCCCUAUGUUACUACAGUUGGAGGAACGUCUUUCAAGAACCCAUUUAAGAUAACAUAUGAGGUGACUGAUUAUAUCAGCGGCGGCGGCUUCAGUAACGUCUUUAAGAUGCCCAGCUACCAGGUAACACAACCAGAUUAUCCAGUUCUUUGAAGCUAAAUAAAUUCAGAUAAUGCCAUUUAUACCGUGUUUUAUGUCUCCUUCCAUAGACCAACACCGUGGAGGCAUAUCUGAAGACUGCAGCAUCAACACUCCCCCCUCAGUCGUAUUAUAAUACCAGUGGCAGAGCAUACCCAGACAUAGCUGCCCUGUCUGAUAACUACUGGGUGGUCUCCAACAGAGUACCCAUCCCCUGGGUGUCUGGGACCUCGGUAAUAUUACAUCAUUUUUGUUAUUGGGGAACUGAUGAUGUGGCAGAACAUAAAGACAAAAACUUUCUUAACCAGAGCAUUUGCAUCAAACUUUGAUUAUUAAAUCAACAGACAUGAAACUGUAGUUAUUUGACUUGUUUAUAGUUUUCAGGGUGCUUAUUUAGUUGUGUCUGAAGGCCAAUUUUUCUAUCUAAAGUAGACUUUGGAUGGAUCAUUUUUGGCUGGAUACAUGGAGCCUGUUCUCAAAUAACUUUCAGCCAAAAGAGCUAAUAAUAUGAGUAUAAUGGGCUUUACUAGCUUAGUAGAUCUGAGCUGUUGCCAUGCUAGCACCUGAUUGGGCUUUCAUUCAGAUAACUUGGUUGCUAAAUGACCUUUUAAAUCAUAUCACUCAGAAUAAGUUAAAAUUCACUGAGCUGUAAGAGCGACUAAUUAAAAAAAAAUCACCUGGUCACCCUAUAGUGCAUUUGUCAUGUAUUGUUCCCACCCGUAGGCAUCGACUCCUGUGGUCGGAGGGAUGCUGUCUGUCAUCAAUGAUCAGCGACUGCUAAAAGGCUUGCCUGCUCUGGGCUUCCUCAACCCUCGCCUCUACAAACUCAAAGGACAGGCGCUGUUUGAUGUGAGUCAUGUUAAAACCGCAGAGGAGCUCGUCUUUAGAUUAAAUUUGGAGAGUAAUCAGAUCUUGUGAUUAACGUUCUCAGAGAAUCAUGUGGUCUCUCUUCAAACAUUUGAACUCGAUUUGCACACUUGAACAGUUUAUCAGAAUUCAUCUCACCAGCUCUGCCUCAUAUUUAACCUUUUUAAGAACUUAAUAAUAUUCAGAUUCUGUUGGGAUUGUCAGAAAUGUGAGCAUUUAAUCAGCAAUAGUCUUCACUUUACCUAUGUUGCAUAAAAGACUUCCUCUUUAUCCUGUUUUAAAUAAUUGGGGGAGGAGAAAAGGGAAGGAGUUGGGUGGGCAUUACAGAAAUUUCUCUCUCUGUUACAGCCUGCCAAAUGUAUUGUUAAGUUUGAAGCUCAUUUCCAAAAUCAAUAACUGGUUGAAGACUUUCAUGUCAGUGUCAGAAAGACUUACUUGUCAUCUUCAUAAAGUUAAACUUUCUUUAACUUUAAAAUUAAACUUUCAGGCAGAGCAGUUUGAUUAAUUUAAUUAAAGUGCACAUGCAAAUGACGCUCAAGACUCAAAUUGAAGAAUAUCAACUAAAUCUUAAGCUAUCUGCGGUAUUGUCACAUGUUGUGUUGACUUUGUUUUUGCUGUCUUUGCUCCUAAUGAUUGAAGCCAUUUGUUCAAAGGUUCCUUCUAGACAGCAGGAAACUCUUUAGCAACACGUUUUGAAACCAUGAGCGGCUUCCUUACUGCUGCAGUUUGUUUCCUUGUGUGCAGGUGACUGAAGGGUGUCACCUCAGCUGUCUGGAUGAAAAGGUUCAAGGGAAAGGUUUCUGUGCUACACCAUCGUGGGACCCUGUCACAGGUUGGGGGACCCCAAACUACCCUGAGCUGCAGGCUGUCCUGCUGGCUGACUGAAAACCUGCAGGUUGUGAGGGUUAGUGCUACACCUACAGGUACUACACAUGUUGCCAAACUCAUGAUCCACUGCCUGAUUCCAAAGGCAGGACCGCAAAUGGAGGGAAAACUAUGCCUGCUGGUCAGAUUAAUGAUAAUUCCAUUAUUUUUAAUCUAUCAUCAUCACAUCCUUUUAUCAACUCUUUGGCUCUUUUAUCAGAUUAUUUUCUCUUUACAAAAGGCUUUAAACUGUUUCUCAAGUAUUUUUAGGUCAGGAGGAGUGCUGCUUUGAGAUUUUUUACUGCUACACUGAAGCUGCGUAUUUCUGCUGUUCACUGCAUUUUAACUGACCCAGAUUUCUUAAACCUGCAGGCAGACUGAUGUUCACGGUUAUGUUCGGCCUUAAAUUCACAGCUCUAACACACAGCGAUGAGAAGUUUCGUGGUAAACUAAAACUUGCUUAGUAAAAGAAACUGAACUUGAAAGCUAUGCACAAAGAACAUUAACAUGGUAACAGGCAGUACAUGCACUAAUCGCCUUUUAGGUAUAUGCUCAGACUAUUUGAAGAUUCUGUUAAAACUUAAAUUGUCUUGUUUAUUUCCACUCAUGGGAUUUAACUGACUUCAUCAGAUGUUGGGAUUUUAUUUAAUACAUUUGAAAAGUCAGACUUUGCUGGCCAGAUGUGCAAUUCUGUCUUUUUUUCACAGCUACUCUGCAGGGAUAUGCCAGGUUAAAGUAAUUGUGUCGUUUCAUGAAGAAAACAAAUGCAUGCUGUUUUUAAAUGUCACCAGUGUAUUCUGAAUUAAUCAAACAAAAACAUUAAGUGUGAUUAACAGGAUCUCUUUCAAACUUUAUUUUACUUUGGAUCUCUUUUAAACUUGAUUUUACUUUGUUGCUGUUUGCUCUGGACUAACCAAAUGCACUGAGAUAUGUGGGUUUAAAGUGAUUCAGCAAUUCUACGUUCUAGCAUUGUUGCACGUUUGAACUUUUGCCCAUGUAAAGCCUACAAUUUUGUAUUUGAAUGUGAGACAAUAUGUUUUUGAAUUUUAUUAAAGCUGGACUUUUAAUUGGGAAUGUCAGAUGACGUUGAAGAGACUUCUCAGUGAAUUAGGUAAAAACUGGUCUUAGUAUUUAGAAUUGGGUGAUUAUGGAAUAAAGUGAUGUGAGAAUGAAAAUGCAGCGGAAGAAAAAUAAAUUCAAAACUUGGGAUUUGUUUUGUUUAUUUCAUCUUCUGUGGUUGUGAAUUUUGUGUUUUUUUUAAACUGUUUGUUGGACUAAAGAGCAUCUCGUCGUGGGCUUUAACAUUAAGCAAGAACAAAACCUUCAAAAGUAUCUUUAAUUCAAACCAUUUGGCUGUUUUCUGAAAGUUAUAACCAGGUUUCCAGAAGUGCUUGGAAUCAUCCUACAGUGAGCUGCAGUUAUUGGUUUAGAAUUAUUGAAGUAUUUAACUCUAAAUGUGACACUUCCUCUUUUCUCUGUGGUGUCUUGGGUAAAACAGAAACAAGAAGUUGACAUUGAUCAACUGGGUAACCAGUUAUAAACUUGCGCUGAAAAAAUUAGAUACUAGACAAUCCUGAAAAACAAAGGGAAGCAGAGUUAUCUUCAUUUUUUCCCCUCCAUUGUACUAAAAGAUUUCCAGAAUACAAAAAAUACAACUAUGAAA